AUGCGCCUUGAACUUGCGGGACAAUCCUCAUGGCUUGCCCUGCUAUCAUUAUGGAUAAUUGCGAUUGGAAUUCCACGAGCGUCUGCAUCGGACGAAGUGCAGAGAAUGAUAGCGAUAAGAGGUCUGCAGUCAGGAUCUAGAAAUUCCAGUAGCCAUCACGGUUUUUCCACAUCCAGAUCGACCAUCUCAGCCCCAGUUCCAUCCGUUACACUGUCGUCUGAGAAUCCUCCAUCGAGUACAGUGACCAUUCCUGGAUCGUCGCCGACCACAAUUCGGAAAAGCAGCUCCGUGGCCACCUCAAGUCCUCGCCUGCCUAGCUCCGACCCUUCGAGCUUGUCUACUACCUCGUCAAGCCGUCCUUUGAUUCCUACCCAGGGGACAACCAGUGGCACGGCUCACGAGUCGGGCUCCAACCCAAGCUCCAAUCCAAGCUCCAACCCGAGCUCAAAUCCAAGCUCCAACCCGAGCUCCAACCCGAGCUCCAAUCCAAGCUUCAACCCGAGCUCCAACCCGAGCUCCAACCCGAGCUCCAACCCAGGGACCAAGGAUACCAGCUCGCCAUCCGGAGGCUCACCUUCAACACCUGGUCAUCCAAAGCCUUCAAGCAGCAAUAUUCCUCCUUCUUCAGCUGGGAAUACAGUGGUUCCUGUUACCUCAAAAACUGUGAUCACUAAGCUGAGCACUACCGUAACCAGUGCUAUUACUACAUCUUCAACGGUUCCAUUUCCUAUAACUCUAAACACUGAUGACCCACAAGCUACUUCAAGUGUCAGUUCUUUACAGAAUGAGAUCUCGGUCACACUUAUCCCGAUUUUCUCAAAAUUGAUAGACACGCCAGACAAAAACAAGGCAGAAGAUGCCAUCGAGAAGCUCAAUAAGGUAGAGCCUGAGUCUAAGAUCAACCCGAACUCAGACGGAUCAACAGGCUCAUGUAGUGGCGGUGGAAACCUUCUCUCAGACUUGAUCAACGCUGUUACCUGUAUCGAUGAUGAAUUGAGCAAAGUGAAGUCUGAAAUUGAAGGAGGUAUCGACGAUGACUUUUCCGACAUCGAAGGCUUGGAGAGCACGGUUUCUAGCAUCACCGACCUGACUGAGAACUCCAAUGACGAGGAUCAUUCAUCGUCAGAUGAUUCUACUACUUCGACCUCCUGCUCCUCCACCACCACCGAAGAUAUCUACGUGGAAUGUUCUGCCACCUCAGCCCCUGGUCGUAAGAGACAAGCAGCAGCAUCUUGCUCGACGUCGACAAAGACAGUGACUGGCUGUGAUAUCUCUGCCUCUACAACGACUACAACGAUUUCUUGCUCGGAAACUGAAACGAUUACCAAUUGCGAUGUUGUUUGCCCAACCACAGCUAUUCCAAAAUCCCAACUGGCUGGUCGUGCUCCUGUAACGGCGAGCUGCAGCACCACCUGUUCAACAGAAACCGCGUGCAGCACCACUGGAUCUACCUCGACUAGCUGGAGUACCACAACAACAACACCAAGCUCCAGUGUUGGUGGGCAGUGCGGAACAGGGUGCUCGUCUUGCAUGUCUCUUUCGACUCCGACUGCUAGUUCAGCGGCAAAGAGGGAUCUGGAUCUUACCAAGCGUACUCUCACAUCCCCACAAGAUGCUCCUUAUAACGGCGACACAGGUGCAUUCUUGGUCGAUCAGUAUGUUUGGGCUGAGUGGGUGCCGCUUGGAACUGGUGGAAGGUCAAACCCCACAGCUCUGUAUCAUGAGCUCAAGAAGGAGAAGUAUGACAUGGCUGUUCAAGGAUUGUAUGGUUGCACCUCGGUGGUGGUUGUAUCCGAGAAGGCCGUAUACAUGUCGCAUUUCUGGGAAGUUCCUGGGUUUAGCCAGGGCAACUGGGGAAUUGGAACACAGGAGAGAUUUGAACAAGAAGUCCUCACUCCUCUUGAAAGUGGCGAUGGCGGAUCUGGAAUCUCCGGUUUGCGACAGUACGCAGGAUCUAACGGGGCUUUUGCUAGUCAGUACAGACCUGCAGCAUAUGUUAUCAGACCUGGUAGUUCGGGCCGACCGGAUUAUGACAAGGCAUAUGAUAAAAAGGUGGACCAAAUCGUGGAAAAGGUGAAAAAUAUUUUGGGAGUCUCGACGCCUCCAAUUCCUAUCACUUACAGUCGCGCCGGAGGCGGAGGAGCCGAUAAUACCUUCACGCCUUUGGGAAAGGUACUUUUCCAGUAUGACCCUGUUCAAGCUCGCCAAGCCACCGAUAGCUGCUCUAUUCAACAAGCCAUGGUGCGAGUUUGGGUGGAAGACAAGCCUCGCUACGUCCAUCAGAGAUACUGGAUUGCGUAUGAUGACCAAAGGGUUGCACAGUCUGGUAAUCAAAAGCGCGAUUGCCCGGCCGAUGCAACUGCCGGGGACAACACGACUCCCUCUUCGGCCCCAAAGCCUAGUUCAACGCCCACACCGAGUCCGGAAACAACUACAACUGAGGAGCAAACAACCACCGCCGAUGAGACCACAACAACAGCAGAAGCUACCACUACGACGGAGGCCCCCACAACCACAACAGAGGCACCGACCACUACGACGGAAGAUCCCAUACCCACAACCACAGCAGCACCACUUCCAACCGCUGAGCUAGUUGUCGCUUAUGUUGUUAAUGGCUGGUCCAACAGCUGGAGUGUAUAUACGCCCGACAUCUUUGACGAUAGUCCUGACUGGUGUGAUGGAAGUACUGGCCAGUGGAGCGCUAGUGGUGAUAUAUCUUUGAAGAACGUCCCUUAUCCCGACGGUGACAAUGACUUCGACUUCGAUGUAGACGAUAAGAGUGAUUGCUCUUAUUCGUCCGACUCGGAUGAAACAGCUGGUACUCUGAGCUGCCCUGACUUUUCGGAGGAUGUCCAGUGCACAGAAUAUGGUGAUCAAAGUCAAUCAACCUGCUAUGGCGUUGCGAAUGCUAUGAUGAUUGUUCCUAAGGUUCUGUGCCAGUGGGGCUAG